AUGGCACAUCCAAUUGAAGAUAUUAGGGAUAUCAAUGACUCAAAUGAUUUAUGGAAGAUUGCUUGUGAUAUAAUUCAAGUUAUUAUACCACGACAUUUGAUUCAGAAGCAUAAAUCUACAAUUAUUGUAGGACACACUUACAUCAUGCAGAACUUCAAGGUUGCUAAAAAUGAUUUCUCAUUCAAAGCAACCACUCAAAAAUUCAAGUUGAUUUUUCAUGGUGCAACAUCUGCAAAGGCUACAAAUUUGCCCGACAUUCCUCUGAACCAUUUUAAAUUGACAAGUUUGGCUGACAUGCUUGCUGAAAAAUUUCAACCUAAAUUCUUAGUUGAUGUUAUUGGAGGAGCUCAUGAAGUCACUAAGACUCAAUUGAAUGGUAUAAAUAACAAAAACAAAUUUGAUUUUUUAACUUAUGUCAUUUAUGCUAUGUUGUUUUACUGCGGUAUGUUUGUGAAUUUAAGGAUCAAGUCAGUUGAAGGAAGUUUUCCAUUGAAUAUUUUGAAUGCAUGGAAUGGGACAACAUUAACAAUCAAUGACAAUAACAUUAAGGAGAUUAAGAAGUUCAAAGAAGGAAUCAAGGAAAAUAUUCAUUUAUUAUCAGUGUCUACUAUGCAAGUCGAUGUAACUCAAAACUCUAAAUACUCUUACCUUGAUAAAUUUAUAUGGAAAGCACGGGUUUUAAGUGUUUCUGACAUCGCCAAACUGCAAUAUAGAUGGGAAGUUAAGGUGUUACAAAAAAAAUAUGAGACUGAUGAACCUAUUCCAAGAUGCAAACUUGAGGUCCAUGUUGUUGAUGGCAAACACAUGGACAAAUUUGUCUUUUGGGAUAGUGAUUGUGCUGAUGAAGACAAUCCCCUGGAAUUUCCAUAUCCAUUAGAUGCAAUGUUGAAUAGAGAGUUGGCAAUAAGAGUCGUCUUUCAACCAAAGUAUGGUCGGUUGUCUGUUGUUGACUUCAGAGAUAAUGAAGAUUAUAUUAAGAAAUUAAGGGAUCAAUUCAAAUGUGAAGAGGUACUCUUAUAG